CCCCUCCCGUCGGGGCGGGGAUGGGACACGUAGUUUUCCGGAAAGCCCGGGCCGUAGUUUCGUUUCUCCGAGCCCGGGUUUGUUUCGGGUUCUUGGGGCAGCUGCGGACGGGGCGAUGGCGGCGUUGGAGUCGGAGCCGGGCCUGGCGGGGCUGGAGGAAGAGCUCACCUGCUCCAUCUGCCUCUGCCUCUUCAGCAGCCCCGUGACGGUGCCCUGCGGGCACAACUUCUGCGCCUCCUGCCUGGAGCUCACCUGGGCCGGCCUCUCGGGAGGCUUCAGCUGCCCGCAGUGCCGGGCUACCUUCGCGGGCCGCCCGCAGCUGCAGAAGAACACGGUGCUGUGCCGGGUGGUGGAGCAGCUCCAGGGCCGCUCCGGGACCAAGGGCGAGGAAGAGGAGGAGAAUGAGGAUGGGGAUGGGGAGGUGGGGGGGGUGCUGGCGGGGGAGCCCCCCGUGUCCUGCGACAGCUGCCGGGAGGCGCCGGCCGUGCAGACCUGCCUGACCUGCACCGCGUCCUUCUGCGCCGAGCACCUGCGGCCGCACCGCGACAGCCCUGCCUUCCGCGACCACCAGCUCUGCCCGCCGCUGCGCGACCUGCAGCUGCGCAAGUGCCCCCAGCACAACAGGCUCUUCGAGUUCUUCUGCAGCAAGCACGGCGUCUGCAUCUGCUCCCUCUGCCUGCUCGGGCACAAGCUGUGCCCCACCAGCCCCUUGGAGCAGGCAAAAGCCUCUGCCCAGUCGUUGCUGAAGAAAAAACUUGUGGAGCUGCAUAACCAGAGUGAAAGAACUGCCCGGGCAAUGAGCACGGUGAAAACAAAACAGAACCAAUCUUCUGAGACAGCUUCAAGAAAGAAGGAAUUGAUCAGAAAUGAGUUUUCAGAAGUUAAAGCUGUAAUUGAAGAAAGAGAAAAUGAGAUCAUGAAAGCAAUUACAGAGGAAGAAAAGAGAGUUUGGAAUAAGUUUGAUUAUAUUUACAGUGUUCUGGGAAAUAAGAAGAAUGAAAUUCAGUCUCUCAAAGAUCAGAUUGAGAUGGCACUGACUGAAAGUGAUGAUGUUCUGUUUUUGAAGAGAGCAGCAGCACUGCAACGAACAUCAACAAAAGAGGCUUUUGUUCCUGUAGUUGAAAUGGACCAAAAUGUGAUGCAUUCCACUUACCAGUCUGCCAUUACCCUCAAAGACAUAGUGAAAAAUUCAGUAAUUCAGAGUCGGGAGAAAAAAGAAGAAGCCAAACCUGUGAAAAUUAAGGCCCCUCCAGCAGCUCAUCUAAACAAAGCCUCUGUUGGAAAAAAGCCUCAUGGACCACACCAGACGCACAAGGAGAAAACCGUUCCUCAGGCUCAAACCACUUCACUGGGGGAGACAGAUACCACCAAAGAGAAAAAGAAGGCUGCUAAAGUUGCACCAACCACCACACCAACCGCCACACCAACCACUACAGCUGCUGCUGCUAAAGAGCUGAUUGACAGUUUCCUGAAGAAACCCAGAGAGGAGCUCUUGCAGUAUGCUGCCAACAUCACCCUGGAUUACAACACAGCUCACAACACUGUGGUUCUGGCUGAGAACUACACUAGGAUGUCCAUCUCAGACACCUUCCCAGGUCACAGGUACCACCCUCAGCGCUUCACUGAUUACCGCCAGGUGCUGGGCUUCCAGUGCUUCAAGAGAGGCAUCCACUACUGGGAGGUGGAGCUGCAGCAGAGCAGCUUCUGCGGCGUCGGCGUCUGCUACGGCAGCAUGGAGCGCCAGGGCCCCGAGAGCCGCCUGGGCAGGAACAGCAAGUCCUGGUGCAUUGAGUGGCUCAACUCCAAAAUAUCAUCCUGGCACAACGACUUGGAAAAGUGCCUGCCCAACACAAAGGCUACCAAGAUUGGGGUGCUGCUCCACUGUGAGGGGGGCUUUGUGAUUUUCAUGGCAGUGGGGGAGAAGAAUAACCUUAUCUAUAAAUUCAAAGCCCAGUUCACUGAAGCCUUGUACCCAGCCUUCUGGCUGUUUUCCAGUGAUGCUGUUCUCUCUCUCUGCCACAUGAAAGAGUAAGAUCUUGUAUCUCAGUUUAGUUCAUUUACAUCAUGGAUUAUCUGUCUCAAAGAUUGAUUGUUUGAUGCAGAAAUUAUCAUCUCUUUUAAGCAGUUUAGGAAAUCUGCCAGUUCUUUGGACUGAAUUGCUAAAGCCUUUAGAUAGUGAUUUAGCAAAAUGUUGGUGAUGGUACAAACUACAAUGGUUUGCAAAGGUCUUGAUUGCCCUGAAAUCAAAGUUAUGGUGCAAAUCCUUGUUAAGUGUCUUCAGUGGCGCCUGUGGCUUCUGUGGUUUCCUGUAAAGGAGCAACAGAAUUAAUGUGUUCAUGGGUAACAAUAACCCCUUUGAGAAAGAAACAGCAAGAAUUCCUUGACAAAUUCAGGCUUUGAGGGGGGGUCUCACUGUUGCCUUUUGGCCUGUGCACACUAUUGUCUAUACAGGUGUUCUCAGUGUAGGGCUCCACCAGAUGCUACAGAAAGAGCUGUUGAAGUUCAGGUUCUUAUGGCUGUAAGUUAUAGAAGCCGCUAUGACAAAUCUCAUCAGAAGGGAACUGCAGAGACUUCUAGAAUUGAUGGGAAAUAAGUGGUAUUAGAAUCACCAGGAAACAAAUGACAUCAGCCCAGACUCUGGGAAACAGCAGAGAGUUGUCAGGAAGACAUCCUUUAGAGCAGUGGUGUGCAUCCUGUGAUGAAGAUUGUGGGAUGAAGCAUUCUGUGUCAUCUUCUGACCCAGAACAUUCUUCACAUCUUCACACUGAAGGCUCUUCAGUGCUGGGUUUUUUUGUGUGUGCUGGGGAGUUCAGGGGGUGCAUUCCUGCUCUCAGGUUCUUCUGUUCUAAUGGUUUUCCUCUUUAUGAGGUGGGAUAUUCUCUGCUGGUGUACCUUUUGUUGUUCGGGUGGUAGAAACUGGCUUUCUUGCACGUUGUUGGGACUUCAAUUUGAGGAGUCUCAAGACAGAGUGCAAGUACUUGGAAAAUGCUGGUUCCUCUCUUCAUGAAGCCUGUGGAUAGACAGGGUGAGUCUUUUGACAUACAGAAAAUUAGCACCAAGGAGAAUAUACAUCCAUUCUUCCUGGGAUGGAUUUUUAAUUCUCCUGGUGUUCUUUGGGUUGUGGUAUGUCUUCAGAAGUUCUCACCAGGUACAGAGAAAUCUGUACUUCUUCCUUACAACUUUAAAACAAUCUCUAGGCAAUCAAGGUAUUUGGAUCUCAUAGUUAUAAUGCCUGUACCUUGUUGGUGCCUCUGGACUUUUGUGCCAGCUUUUAUUUCUUGUAGCCCAUGGGAAGCUCACACGAGAGCCUUCCUGGACUUGGAUUUAUAAAACUGCCCUUACAGGACUUGGUGAAAUAGAACACAAAGCCACUGCUCGCAGUUUGUCAGGGAAUUGUUAGAAGGCUUAAAAGAACCUCUUUUGGUUCUUUUAAGCCUUCUAACCUCUACCACUAAUGUGUAGUGUGACUACACUCCACAUUAGCCAAAGUGCUUUGGAGAGAGGCUUUCAGGAAUUCAGGCUUGGUGUCUAUUUUUACUUGGUUUGUAAACUCUUAGUACUUUGUCAAGGAUAGCACAAGUCUCAUUUCUUCCAAUUUUUUGGUCAGAAUAAGAUACGGAAUAGAUGGUGGAUCUAAAAGUGCCAUGGCUGUCUUUGGAGCAGUUUUACUCUCUGAAGGGUCUCCACUUCCCAAAGCACAUUCAGCACUAAAACUCCCAGCCUGAGCAGAAUGCUGCAAAAGGUGCACAGGGAGGCUGUGUCCUGCUGGGAACCAGCAAUGGGUGACAAACUGGGUUCUCUGCCCUUCCAGUUUUUCAGCAGUGAAAGAUAAGAGCAGUUCCCUCUGAGAAAUCCUUUUGCUGCUUAGCUGUGCCACAGGGCUGCAGAUGCACUCAGCAGGGAGGAGAACUCUGUCCCCUUGGUUGUGGACAAAAAUGUGCUCCAGCAGUCUGUGCAGUGGAGAAAGUCCCCAUCCUCUGUUCUUGCUUCUUUAAAGAGGUGUCAGUACUGGCCUCUGAGUCUAUGGCCUUCUGUGGCCAUAGUCUGGAGGGACACCCAAACAAAGUAAAGAGCAGCUUCUAUUCUGCCUCGUUGGACAAAGUGGGAUCUUGACGUGGGACACUGGUAUAGGACCAAGUAUGUGGAACACAUGAAGUGUCCUGCAUUACCAGGCAGAGAAACAAGCCGCCUACUGGGCCCCUGAUCCUGUUUUGCUUUCUUUUGUGCUAUGAAUGAUUAGAAGUCAUAGAGUGAAGUUCUGUUAAUUUGGAAUUCACAGAAUCACAGAAUACUCUGAGUUGGAAGGGACUCACAAGGAUCACUGAGUCCAGCUCUUGAGUAAUUGAUCCAUAUGGGGAUGGAAAUGGGGACCUUGGCAUUACUAGGACAAAUCUCUUUUGGUUAGCUUCAGGUAUCUUGCAUAUUUUGGAACAUUAGAGUGAUAUAACUUUUAUAAUUAAUAAUAAAUAUUAGUGUGUUUAGGAGAAAUACUAGUUACUGCAUGAUAAAUGAUCAUUUUAAAGCCUUUUCAACAUAACUGAAUUGGUUUUACUCGGGCAGUACCUGUAAGAGCUGCACUGGUUUUAAACAAGACAUAUAUAGAAGCAUAUAUUUUAAUUGUAAUUCUCUUUUUAGUAUUACGAAGAAAGCAACUUAGUCUAGAAAAAGAGCUAAUUCUGGUGUUAACACCAUGAGAAUGUGCAUUGAUUUGCAUUUUAAUAUACAAAUGAGAGUAAAUAAAAAAACACUUGCUGAAUGAAAAGAAAUGAAUGUUUAUUCUUUUCUUCAAUUAAAGACAUCAGUAAAGCAGUGUAUUUAGAAAAAGAUAUGCUUAUGCAGUUAGAAACCUGUUGAUUAUAUUGAUAUAUGAGCCCUGUACUUCAGUUUGUAUACAGUGUGUUAUUGUUUGUGGCUGUGCCAGCCCCACACAGGCAGGGCCACCACCAUGGAUUUUGUGCCACCUGGUCCUGUGCCUGUGACCACUCCAGGGGCUGGCUGGUGACUGGUGAUGGCUUGAAUUCAAUAAAAACUUACAGUAAAACUUAA